AUGGCCUUGUCCACGGGACAUGUCGCCAGCCAGUUACGGCACCUCAUUUACUACCAACUCGAUAAUAACCUAAUUCGCAACGCGCUAUUUCUCGCCGGCCGUCUCCAUGCCUUUGAACCGCGAUCCUACGAGGCGCAAUAUCUACUUGCGCUCUGUCACCUACACAAUGGCGAAGUGAAGGCUGCAUUUGAUUGCAGUCAGCCUUCAGGCUCUCUAGGCCUACAUGCUGGCUGCGCGUAUGUUUUCGCGCAAACUUGCUUGGAUCUGGAGAAAUACUUGGACGGCAUUACAGCUUUAGAUCGCAGCAAGCAUCUAUGGGCCACCAAGAAUCACUGGAACAAGCACAGCGAAACACAGCGACAACAUCUUCCGGAUGCCGCAGCCGUGUUUUGCUUACAGGGAAAGCUUUGGCACGCUCAUAAAGAUUUGAACAAAGCAGUUGACUGUUACGUGGAGGCACUUAAGCUGAACCCAUUCAUGUGGGACGCGUUCCUAGGACUUUGUGAAACGGGUGUCAACAUCCGAGUCCCCAAUAUCUAUCAACUUAGCCCAGAACUUCUCGCAAUAAUAUCCUCAUCGCCGGAUCAAACACCCGCAGUAUCAGACAACAUCCCCGUCGCAGAAGCUCUCCCUAUGCAACCCCCUAUUCACCCCGCAUCCGAUCCUUUUAUGGUCCCUGCAUCCCGAGGCGAGGCCGAUGCCACAUUUGGAAGCUCCGCUCUCUGGGAAAAGCUGAAUGGCAGCUCCGUCACUGUGGCACAGCAAGUAUUCCAAGAUGGCAUGGAGACCCCAGGGGCACAGAGCAGUGGCUCUGAAGAGUUCCGCAUCGCGAAUGGUGUCACGGAUCCGGAAUCCACAUGGGAUGCACCCAUGGCUCCGGCCCGCAAGACACGUCCAACGCAAACCAUGAGCCUAGAUCAAACUGGGCAAGCUCCACCUCGAAUGCGCCCAACAGGUAUCAGGCCCAGAAACAAAACAAGAACAGACCCAGAGGCCCACUCAACUGUCCCAAUGGAAAGAGAUCCUCUUCCUGCGCCCAGGUUUGGUGACCGCAAGCGCACAGUCUCUGGGCAAGUUGCCCACCCCCCUCCUCCAUCACAACCGAUUGAACCAGGUGCUCCUCAGCGCCGAAGCGUUCGCCUAUUCAAUCAAAUCAAGCCUACCACAAGCAAACUUUCUAACAGUACACUAAACAGUACGCUUACCGGCAAAGACGGCCGUGAAAUGAAAAAAUUAAGGGCACAGUCAAGAGGACGCAUCGGAACUGCGCCCACAGUCGGCCGCGUCGUGAGUGGUAAUCGAAAGCCCAUGGAAGCACCCGACAAUGAUAGCAAGGACCAUCGUACUGGACCAAUGCCACCACAUCCUCCGGUACCUCCGUUGCCCAAAAACGCCGAGAAAACAAAAGAGCUCGAGGCUCUGAACUGGCUUCUGGGGCUGUUCAAUAAACUUGCCUGUGGACAUUUCGCAUUGAGUCGUUACAAGUCCGGAGAGGCUAUCAGCCAUUUCAAUACUCUCUCUCAAGGUCAGCGUGAGACCUCAUGGGUUCUUGCUCAGCUUGGACGGGCCCAUUUUGAGCAAGCGGGGUAUACAGAAGCUGCGAAAUAUUUCCACAGGGUUCAAACGUUGGCGCCCUCUCGCCAAGAAGACAUGGAAAUCUACUCAACUGUCUUAUGGCAUCUGAAAAACGAUGUUGAACUGGCCUACUUGGCACAUAAAUUGCUCGAAGCUGAUCGGCUAUCACCUCAGGCAUGGUGUGCCAUUGGCAACUCUUUUUCCCACCAACGAGAUCACGAUCAAGCACUGAAGUGCUUCAAGCGCGCAACAAUGAUUGACCCUGGCUUCGCAUAUGCCUUCACUCUGCAAGGACAUGAGUAUGUCGCCAACGAGGAAUAUGACAAGGCAUUGGAGGCCUACCGCAACGGCAUCAAUGCCGACAAUCGACACUACAACGCUUGGUACGGACUGGGGACGGUGUACGAUAAGAUGGGCAAACUUGAUUUUGCUGAGCAGCACUUCCGCAACGCAGCUAGCAUCAACCCCACUAACGCGGUACUAAUUUGCUGCAUUGGUCUGGUUUUGGAGAAAAUGAACAACCCUCAGGAAGCCCUGGUCCACUACGGCAGAGCCUCCUCGUUGGCUCCACAAUCAGUUUUGGCCCGGUUCCGCAAGGCGCGCGUGCUAAUGAAGCUGCACGAAUUCAAAUUCGCUAUGGCAGAAUUGAAGAUUCUCAAGGAUAUGGCGCCGGAUGAAGCAAAUGUGCAUUACCUGCUGGGAAAGCUGUACAAAGUGCUCCAUGACAAGGCCAAUGCUAUCAAGCAUUUCACAGCGGCCUUGAACUUGGAUCCAAAGGCUGCACAAUACAUCAAGGACGCGAUGGAAUCCUUGGAUGAAGACGAGAUGGAGGAUGAGGACAUAGCGUAG